AUGGCAUCGAAACUCGAGAGUGAAGUUGAAGCCGAUAAAGCUGGCCACACCACUUUUGGAGAUGGCGAAUUCCUGGUGGAUGAAGCAGCUCUGGCAGACCUGAGAGUCGUGGUCACGGGCGGCGCAUCUGGUAUUGGCGAAGCAUGCUGCCGUCGACUUGCAGCUGCUGGAGCUUCCGUUGUUAUCGCUGACAAGAAUGUUGAGUUGGGAAACGCUCUGCAAGCCCAACUGAAUCGACGGCGGGUCAAGUUCAUCGAAGUCGAUGUUGCUUCUUGGGAUUCUCAGCUCGCAAUGUUUGCGGAAGCACUGAACUUCUUACCCGGCCAUGAUCUGGACGCCCUUAUCACUACUGCGGGAAUUGGCUCUAGCUCUGAUUUGAACAUUACCAAGCCAUCCGGAGUGUCUCUUCAUCAGCGGAGUGUAGAAGAGCGGCAAGCUUUGCCUCGGCCAUCAACGAAAUGCCUUGAUGUGAAUCUCAUUGGAACAAUGUACUCCGUUGAUAUCGCUACGAAGUACUGCAUGAGCAUUGAAGCUUUUGGUAAUGCAAUAGGCUCAUCGAGGAAAUCGGUAGUCUUGCUCGGAUCGACUUCUGGGUUUCGGCCUUUGAAUGGCAAGAUAGAUUACAGCGUUGCAAAAUGGGGCGUCCGCGGGUACUUCAGGAAUAUACGACAGGAGCUGGCUCAGCAUGGUAUACGCGUGAAUAUGAUGGCGCCUUUCUGGGUUCCUACCAGUUUAACGCAACAUCAUGUUCCAGCACUGGAGAAACAGGGCGUCCGCGUGGGUCGUAUGGAGGAUGUGAUAGAUGGUAUUUUACGGAUGCUUUUGGACGGGCAAAUGAGUGGGCGCGCGGUAUCUGUGACAGGCAAAGGAAUUGAAGAUAUUGACGAUGAUCUGGCUGGCCUAGAUGGAGGUGAGGCCAUGCGGAAUCUGGUGCGAGGUGGAUGGCUUUCAGCGCCGAAGAGUGCAACUUUGAGGAGGUAA